AUGGAGCGGGUGGUCGUGAGCAUGCAGGACCCCGACCAGGGCGUGAAGACGCGGAGCCAGCGUCUGUUCAUCACCGUCAUCCCGCACACCGCGGCAGGCGGCGACGUCGUGGCGUGGCUGAUCCGGAAGUACUGCAUCUCAGAGGAGGAGGCCCUGCACCUGGGCACUCUGCUAGUGCAGCACGGAUAUCUGUACUCUCUGCGUGAGCCCCGCAGCCUCGUGCUCCGGCCCGACGACACGCCCUACAGAUUUCAGACACCCUAUUUCUGGACGAGUACCGUGUGGCCAGCUGCUGAGCUGGACUAUGCCAUCUACCUGACAAAGAAGAACAUCCGAAAGCAGGGGGCCCUGGUCGGGCACGAGAAGGAACACUAUGACCAGCUGCACAGGAAGAUCAACCACACGUGGGACCUGGUGGUGAUGCAGGCUCGGGAGCAGCUGCGGGCAGCUAAGCAGCGCAGGAAGGGGGACAGGCUGGUCAUUGCGUGCCAGGAGCAGACGUACUGGCUGGUGAACAGGCCCCCGCCGGGUGUCCCCAGUGUCCUGGAGCAGGGUCCAGAGCGCAGCUCCUGCACUGCUGGGGGAGUGCAGAUGACCAAGAACACAGAGUUCUACAAGCAGGAGAUGGAGCGCUGCAGGAAGGCCCUGACCAGGGCCCGGGUGAAGUCGUCUGUCUGCCUGGAGGCGUACCUGAAGUUCAGCAGCCAGCGUGGGCCGCACGACCCCAUGAUGUCAGGCUGCCUGCCCAGCAACCCCUGGGUCACGGACGAUGACAGCUACUGGACCUUCAAUGCACCCAGUGUGGCUGUGCCCACGAAGCUCCGUGUGGAGCGAUGGGCUUUCAGCUUCCAGGAGCUCUUGGAAGAUCCUGUGGGACGAGGCCAUUUCAUGGACUUCCUCGGGACCGAGUUCAGUGCUGAGAACCUCAGCUUCUGGGAGGCGUGCGAGGGGCUGCGCCACGGAGAGCAGGCCCAGGUCCGCGCCGCGGUGGAUGCCAUAUACCAGCAGUUCCUGGCCCCCGGUGCUGCCCGCUGGGUCAACAUCGACAGUCGGACGAUGGAGCGGACCCUGGAGGGCCUGCGGCAGCCCCACCGCUACGUGCUGGACGAGGCCCAGCUGCACAUCUACAUGCUGAUGAAGAAGGUGGAAGAUUCCAGAUGUAAAGCAGACACAGUGACAUGGUGAAUCCUGCUGCCUGACUUCCGAACCGGUCAGCUUGGGGCCCGUCCGGACCCCUCAUCCAUCCCUGCCUGCUGCCCCCCACCCCGUGACUCUUGUGCCAUUUUCAGACUUACUGUCUCUGUGUGUGGUCAGGAUCCCCUAAAGGACACGGACCUGUCCUUCCCCUUCCAGCGGGACCCAGGUGUCAGCAUCACACACUGAACACAGGGUAUUUGGUUCAUGUCCUCGAAGAGCUGGUUGGGGUCUGAACAGUCUCUGCUUGGCGUCCGAUCGUCCCUGUAACAUGUCACCACAAACCCAGGGCCUUAGGACAGCACCAUCUGGUUCCGUCACAGCGUGCCGGUCAGGCGUCCCCGCCGGGUCUCCUGGGGCGAAGGUCAUGGUGUGGGUGUGCUGGCUCCGUCUGGAGGCUCUGGGGGGCCGGUCACGUUCCCUGCCCUUCCCGGCUGCUGGGGACGCUGCUCCUCGGUGAGCGGCCACUCCUGAGGCCCUGUUGCCAGUAGCGUAGCCUGUGCAGCCGGUCCCUCUGGUCGUCCUGCUGGCCCCUUGGACUUUAGGCCGCCCUUUGUCCUGUCAUGCCUCACAUCUGGGUCCUACCAGUGGGGCUCUUGCCGUGUCUCUGGAGGGACUCUGUGGCCUCGCUUCCUGGACGUGGGUGGUGAUGUCUCAGACGAUCAGGCUCACUGUUAGUUGUACCGUCUUCGGUUUCUUCAGAGGUGGUGUUUGGCAUGUCCUCCUCAUCAGGACGUACGUGGGGCCCGGCCGCCCCCCGUUUAGGGACGCGAACCGCCCGACGGUGGCUGGCCCGGGUGAGGAGCUGCUGCCCCUGCCUCUGUUGGUGAGCUGGCGUGCGUCGCGGAGGCGUGUCCCCUCACCUGCGCCUUGCCCACGGUCCCCCAGGGGAGGCACAGUCAACGCCUGAUUCCUUCUCCACUUUUCAGUCGUGACUUGGAGUCGCCCCACCUGCCAGGGGGUCAGCGAGUGGGAGGUGGUUUUCACACCACGGUCCAUCCACGCUCUCGCCGGAUGGUGGUUUUUUCACCGUGGUUCUUCCUCUGCCUUGCUGUGCGGAGCCCCCCACCCCCGACCCCCGUUGGCUCUCGAGGCUCUUGAUGUGUUCCGAGACCUGCAGUGGCUUGCCCAGGCCUCCCUGCGCCGUUCCCACGGGCGGCCCUGGCCCCUCUUCUAGGCUCUUUAGAAAUCUCGACCUGCUGGGCGUAUUCGCGGUCACCCGGAUGGCGUCCAGGCGCUUCAGUGAACAGAACCAGAAGUACAGGGUUCUCGGUUGAACACGGGCUCCCACGGGCACGGCUCAUUCAGAUUCAGGCGUGCAGAGCUCCCGGGCGCAGACUUCCGUCGUCUUUUCACUAACCUACUGGACGUCUUGGUUCCCAGCAGCGUGGGUGUAGUGACGCACUCGCUCUCCUCCCUCUCCCCCGGUGUCCUGGCCGGACGACCCCACGCUCCCGUGCGCCGUAAACCCGCGCACGAUGGUUACGUGCUUCGCCGGGUCCCGUGUGUGUCCCCUCCUGGGGAUGCCCUGUGGAUGGCUCCGCUGCCUUACCUGUGCUCAGGGUGGUGUCACCGCCCGGAUACACGCUCGUCCUGCUUUACCUUCCAUGUUCAGGAA